ACAAAAUAACUACACUACCCAGGAUUCUCGGCGGUCCAACAACAUGGUCGCUUAGAGAACCCGGUGCUGAGGACUGUGUAUUUUCAUGUAUAGUUUGCAGUCAUGUUGUGCUUCUUAGUAAUUGUUUUGCUUUUUAUAAGUCGUGUCGCCACAUUGGAUAUUAAAGUCUCACAGGGGGAUCACAGCGCCAGUGAAAAAUAUUUAAUGUCAAUAUGGCACAACAGGGUGUACGUGUAUACAGCUGCUGCCCUUUUCUUUGGGCUUUGGUUUGCACUGAAAACAAUAAAGCGGAAAAACUCCAAAGAUGCCAGCCCUUCAGUCUACAAGGCUGUAAAGAACAAUGGUCGCCCUGAGAGAGAAAGUGUGGUUCAUGUUUCAGGAGCAAAAAUCUUCUUUGGUUCCCAAACUGGAACAGCCAAGGCCUUUGCAAACGAGUUGUCCGCAGAGGUGAAAGCCCUGGGGAUACCGGUUGAGGUGAUUGACAUGAAAGACUAUGAUCCAGAUGAUCAACUUGCUGAUGAGUGCACCAGCAAGUCGAUCUGCGUGUUUCUUGUGGCCACAUACACUGAUGGUCAGCCCACGGAGAAUGCGCAGUGGUUCUGCAAGUGGUUGGAAGAGGCAUCCACGGACUUCAGAUAUGGAAAGACCUACCUCAAAGGCCUCAGAUAUGCAGUGUUUGGACUUGGCAACUCUUUCUAUGUUGGACACUACAACACCGUGGGUAAAAAUGUAGACAAGUGGCUUUGGAUGCUGAGCGCCAUGCGACUGAUGACCAGGGGAGAGGGUGACUGUAAUGUGGUUAAGAGCCGUAAUGGGAGCAUCCAGGCAGACUUCCUGGCCUGGAAGGUGAAGUUCCUGAAGCGCCUACAGUGCCUGGUCAAGGGAGAGAAGAAGAAGUGCAGCGGCAAAUGUAAACAUGGAGGCUCCUGCAAGAACAAGACGAAAGACAGAAAAGCGGAGGAAGGAGAGCAAGCAGCUCACAACAACAGCUCGGAGGAGGAUUUGAUUGAGUCCAGCAGUGAUGAGGAGUCUGGCCUGACAAAUGAGAGACAAACUGGUUCUGUGGUUGACAUGGAGGAUCUGGGCAGCAUAAUGAACAGCGUGAAGAAAGCAAAGAGUAAAGAAGACGGAGUCAGGACUGAAGAUGAAGCGGAAGAGAGAGAGAUGAUCACCUCGUCCCUCAGAGAAGCUCUCACAAAGCAAGGUUAUAAGCUGAUUGGAAGUCACUCAGGAGUGAAGCUUUGUCGAUGGACCAAGUCCAUGCUGCGAGGCCGAGGCGGCUGCUACAAGCACACGUUCUACGGCAUCGAGUCCCACCGAUGCAUGGAAACCACCCCCAGCCUCGCCUGCGCCAACAAGUGUGUGUUCUGCUGGAGACAUCACACAAACCCAGUGGGCACCGAGUGGCGCUGGAAGAUGGACCCUGCUGGAAAAAUCCUACAGGACGCCCUGGAGAAGCACCAGAACAUGAUCCGGCAGUUCCGAGGCGUUCCUGGAGUGAAGCCGGAGCGCUACGAGGAGGGUUUGGCCGUCAAGCACUGCGCCCUCUCCCUGGUGGGUGAGCCAAUCAUGUACCCUGAAAUCAACACCUUCAUCCGCCUCCUCCACUCCCACCGCAUCUCCAGCUUCCUCGUCACCAACGCACAGUUCCCACAGGAGAUCAGGAGCCUCGUGCCAGUGACCCAGUUGUACGUGAGCGUGGACGCGAGCACCAAGGACAGUCUGAAGAAGAUUGAUCGGCCACUUUUCAAAGACUUCUGGCCACGUUUCCUGGACAGCCUUAAAGCCCUCGGAGAGAAGAGGCAGAGGACGGUUUACAGACUGACGCUGGUCAAGGCCUGGAACGUGGAGGAGAUGCAGGCCUACUCUGAGCUCAUUGCUUUGGGGCAGCCGGACUUCAUUGAGGUCAAGGGUGUGACGUACUGUGGGGAGAGCUCGGCCAGCAGCCUCACCAUGGCAAACGUCCCCUGGCACCAGGAGGUGGUGGCCUUCGUCCAGCAGCUGGCUGACAUGCUGCCUCAGUAUGAGAUCGCCUGCGAGCACGAGCACUCCAACUGCCUGCUCAUCGCACACAGCAAGUUCAAGGUGGACGGCAGGUGGUGGACGUGGAUCGACUACGAGCGCUUCCAGGAGCUGAUCCAGGCUCACGAGGAGAGUGGAGGGCAGCAGAGCUUCUCAGCAUUGGACUACAUGGCCCAGACUCCCAGCUGGGCUCUGUUCGGAGCCACAGAGCAGGGCUUCGACCCCACCGACACGCGCUUUCAACGGCGCAACAAGACCAAAGACCUCUCAGGAUGCUGAUGGAUGCGGACGACAGGGGAAUGAGGAACGGAGGUUUUACCUGGAAUAGUGAAGUUCAGUGUGGUUUGUCCGUCCACGGAUUUAAACCUAAACUGUCUCUUAGUUUGUCUUUUUUCAUUGUCCCGACCCUGAAGAUCAGCCAAACCAGCAAAAAUGUGAUCUCACAUAUAUUUUCUUUUUACACAUUCUCUGCAUAUUUGCGUCCUACAGAGAUCUUCAGUUUCCCUCUUUAUUUACCUGUGUUCUUAUAAGUGUCAGUGGGUUUAACCUCCUCAUUGCAUGGUCAAAGUUGGACCCGGUCAGAGUAGCUUCAUCACCAGCCUCAGACGUGAACGUUAUAUCAGGACUAGUUUCUCGAUGCUGCGUCCAGAGCAGCGGCACAGCUCCCUCUUAAGCCGGAGCGAGACCUUAGCAUCAUCUCGGCCGGGAGCUGCUCCUUCUCAGAGUCCUGCUCUCUGCUUCGUUGCUUUGUGUGUUUGUUGUUGUGCGUUUAAUUUAUUUAGUCCAGAGGCUGCACUGUUGGACUUGGUCACGUUUUGGGCGUUUAAGCACCAGUUUCAAUAUACAUCUACAUCUGUAUCAUCUACUCAUGUGCUGCACUAAAGCUUUGUGAUAUUUUAGAAAUCCCAGAAGCCGUGUUUUAUUUGAAUGUAAUCCAGAUGUUUCUUUUGAUUUGUUCCAGGAGGAAACAGGUGUGAAUCUGCUGCUGUAAUAAAAGUGUUUGGAAUAAACUUAUUUGGUAUUUUUGAGGAGCACAUUCAUGAGCAGUGGCACGUUGUUACACGUGUCUCCCUGUAAUUCUGCUUGUUUUUUUCCCUUUGGUUUUAGUGUGAACAAAGUGGGAUGUUGACAUUUUCAGACUACAAUAAUAGUGGCAGGAGCUUUCUGGGCUGCACUUAAAGGCCGACAGUAAGUGAACAAGGACAGAGGAGGAAGUAAAGUUCAAAGCUGAUGCAACAGUGGCUUCCAUUGUUCUGCUUUAGCUUCAUAUGGAUGUUUUAUUAAAGAAACAGAUGUAUGGAU